AUCAACGCAAUCUAUCAUCCUACUAAAUUCAAAUUGGAUUAAUGUCCAGAUGUAGAAAGCUUCAUGGCAAUUAUGAAGAUGCUUUUGAUCGCCAGUAUGGCAAAUAUUAUUUUGGUUGGAAUUCCUAACCACAAACAACUCACCUGAAUUCUGGAUCAUGCUUAGAAGCAGCCCUUUAAAGCAAAGACUGAACAUGCUGCUUGCUGAUGACAUGGAUGACAGUGCUGCUCCUACCCCAACAUCUGGACUACAACCCCAGAGCCACCAAGCAGAAAUGUCUAAACCUCUACCAAGCAGUGUAGUGGGUAGACCUGAGCUUGAGAAAAAUACAACAGCCUCACGAUAUGAGUUAAUGCCAGGAGAAAUCAUGGCAGCCAGCCUGCUUCUGGGGGCAUUGUGGUUAUUCUCUGUCCUUGGAAACUCCCUUGUUUGCCUGGUGAUCCACAGGAGCAGAAGAACUCAGUCUACCACCAAUUAUUUUGUGGUCUCCAUGGCCUGUGCAGAUUUACUCAUUAGUAUCGGGAGCAUGCCAUUUGUGCUUCUUCAGUUAACCUCUGAUGGGUGGAUGCUUGGGAGCGUAAUGUGCAAACUAGUAAGAUAUUUUCAGUAUCUUACACCUGGCGUCCAGAUUUAUGUCUUGCUCUCCAUCUGCGUGGACAGAUUCUAUACUAUUGUCUACCCAUUGAGUUUCAAGGUGUCUCGAGAGAAAGCCAAGAAAAUGAUUGCAGCAUCUUGGAUCUUCAAUGCUGCACUGGUGUCUCCAGCUUUCUUUUUCUUUGGGUCAAGUUGGGACAGUCAUUGCAGCUUUUUCCCACCACAUUCUUGGGAUGGGGCAAUUUACAGCGUCAUCCACUUAUUUGUGGCUUUUUUAAUUCCAUCUGUUCUCAUCAUUCUGUUUUACCAAAAGAUAAUCAAAUAUAUUUGGAGGAUAGGCACAGAUGGUAGAACAGUGCGGAGGACAAUGAACAUUGUUCCAAGGACAAAGGUGAAGACCAUCAAGAUGUUUCUCAUGUUGAAUUUAUUUUUCCUGCUCUCAUGGCUACCAUUUUAUGUGGUUCAACUUUGGCAUCCGCCUGAGACAGACUACCGAAAAAGCUCGUUGGUUUUCAUGUUGGUAACUUGGAUAUCCUUUAGUUCCUCGGCCUCAAAGCCUACCUUGUACUCUGUGUAUAAUGCCAAUUUCAGGAGAGGGAUGAAGGAGACCUUCUGCAUGUCCUCCAUGAAAUGCUACCGAAGCAAUGCAUAUACCAUCACUACAAGUUCAAAGAUAGCAAAAAGAAAUUACAUUGGGAUCUCAGAACUACCUGUGCCAGCCAAAACUGUUUCCAAAGGCACCAUAUAUGAUUCAUUUGAUAGAGAAGCAAAAGAGAAAAAGUUGGCCUGGCCCAUAAAUUCCAACCCUCCAAACACAUUUGUUUAAUUAAUCGAGUCCACGCAUUACAACAAAUAUUCCUCUCAGUCAGAUCAAAGGACCUUACCCAUCUUUUUGGAUGGAUCUGAUUUAUGUGGGAUGGGAUUUCCAUAUAAUAUAGAAGGAUGAAUAAAUAUUUUAUUUUAUUAUUAAUGUUCUUUUUUACUGGAGUUUCCUAAAAAUAAGUAUGAUGUGUUAUCCUCUUUGUAAACAUGGGCAAUCAUAUCAAACGUUUGUGCUCUCUGCAUUUAAUUUUAUUUUGUAAAAACCGAUGAGCAACUACGAUCAAGCCAUUAUGUCAAAAAGAAGACAGUAGACCCACCAAGAAUAUUGCAGCAUGCCAAUUAUUUCUGCAAAGUUGGAAAACUGAAUGUAUAAAAAUGUUCUGAUUUAACAGGGGCAGACUAUUUUAUCUAGUAAAACAUUCCUUGGGCCGUAUUGUGUUUUUUUGGGGGGAUAUAUUGGAAAUGCCUUUGAAAAUGUCAGUGGUGUGUACACAUGUAUUACAGCAGUUUGAAUUUCAGACCCUUUCCUGAGAUCCCAUGUUCAAGUUAAAGGAAGACUGGGUGCAUCCUGAGUGUAGUGAGGAAGCAUGUGAAUUCACACAUAUGA